GAAGAGGAUGCGGUUGUCAAGGCGACGUGGAUAGGAGGAGGAAAGGACCGAGGGAGGAGGAAGGAUGGGCGGCCUUGGCGUAGCCGCAGGGAGGUGACUGAAGCGAGUCCAGCCCCUUGCAUCCUCCCCCUGUGUACCUCCCUCCUCUUUUUUUCCUCCUUCUGCCAGCAUAAGCAGCUACCGCAGCACCUGAGCCGCUACAGCCGCUGGCUCAGGACAGCGCUAUGGCUGAGCCUGGUCUCAACCCUCAUCCCUCUGCCGGAGGCGGAGGAAGAACUGAAAGGCGCACAUCUCGGCUUAUGUGGCUGCUGCUCUGGGCUGGGACCACCGUCCAGGUGACCCUAGGAGCCGGACCCGAGCUUCACGCCUGCAAAGAGUCCGAGUACCAUUACGAGUACACAGCGUGCGACAGCACCGGUUCCAGGUGGAGGGUCGCCGUGCCGCACACCCCAGGCCUGUGCACCAGCCUCCCCGACCCCGUCAAGGGCACCGAGUGCUCUUUCUCUUGCAAUGCCGGAGAGUUUUUGGAUAUGAAGGACCAGUCCUGCAAGCCCUGCGCAGAGGGCCGCUACUCCCUUGGCACGGGCAUCCGGUUUGAUGAGUGGGAUGAGCUGCCUCAUGGUUUUGCCAGCCUCUCGGCCAACUUGGAAGUCGACGACAGCAUCUCUGCGUCCACGGAGAACUGCACUUCGUCCAAGUGGGUUCCCCGGGGAGACUACAUCGCUUCCAACACGGAUGAAUGCACAGCCACUCUGAUGUAUGCCGUCAACCUGAAGCAGUCUGGCACAGUUAACUUUGAGUACUACUACCCGGACUCCAGCAUCAUCUUUGAGUUUUUUGUCCAGAAUGACCAGUGCCAGCCCAAUGCUGAUGACUCCAGGUGGAUGAAAACUACGGAGAAAGGAUGGGAAUUCCACAGUGUUGAGCUAAAUCGAGGCAAUAACGUCCUCUAUUGGAGAACCACAGCUUUCUCAGUGUGGUCCAAAGUGUCCAAGCCUGUGCUUGUGAGAAACAUUGCCAUAACAGGGGUGGCUUACACUUCAGAAUGUUUCCCCUGCAAGCCUGGCACAUACGCUGCCAAGCAGGGCUCCUCUUUCUGCAAGCUUUGUCCAGCCAACUCUUACUCAAAUAAAGGAGAAACUUCUUGCCACCCCUGUGAUGCUGACAAAUACUCAGAAAAAGGAUCUUCCACCUGCAAAGUGCGCCCACCCUGCACGGACAAGGAUUAUUUCUAUACCCACACAGCCUGUGAUGCUAACGGAGAGACACAGCUCAUGUACAAAUGGGCCAUGCCAAAAAUCUGUGGUGAGGACCUGGAGGGAGCAGUGAAGCUGCCCGCCUCUGGGGUGAAGACCCGAUGCCCACCCUGCAACCCAGGCUUCUUCAAAACCAACAACAGCACCUGCGAGCCCUGUCCCUACGGCUCCUACUCCAACGGCUCUGAUUGUGCCCACUGCCCAGCAGGAACGGAGCCUGCAGUGGGAUUUGAGUACAAAUGGUGGAACACGCUGCCCUCCAACAUGGAAACGACUGUUCUCAGCGGAAUCAACUUCGAGUACAAAGGCCUGACAGGCUGGGAGGUGGCUGGUGACCACAUUUACACAGCUGUCGGCGCCUCGGACAACGACUUCAUGAUUCUCACUCUAGUUGUGCCAGGAUUUAGACCUCCACAGUCAGUGAUGGCAGACACAGAGAACAAAGAGGUGGCCAGGAUCACAUUCGUCUUCGAGACCAUCUGUUCUGUGAACUGUGAGCUCUACUUCAUGGUGGGCAUGAAUUCUAGGACCAAUACUCCUGUGGAGACGUGGAAAGGCACCAAAGGCAAACAGUCCUAUACCUACACCAUCGAGGAGAACGCUACCGUGAGCUUCACGUGGGCCUUCCAGAGGACCACUCUUCAUGAAACCGGCAGAAAGUACACUAAUGAUGUUGCCAAGAUCUACUCCAUCAAUGUCACCAACGUCAUGGGCGGUGUGGCCUCCUACUGCCGUCCCUGUGCCCUAGAAGCCUCUGAUUUGGGCUCCUCCUGCACCUCUUGCCCUGCUGGCCAUUACAUUGACCGAGAUUCUGGAACCUGCCACCUCUGCCCUCCUAACACCAUCCUGAAAGCUCACCAGCCUUAUGGUGCACAGGCCUGUGUGGCCUGUGGCCCAGGGACCAAGAACAACAAGAUCCACUCUCUCUGCUACAGUGACUGCACCUUCUCCCGAAACACGCCCACCAGGCUUUUCAACUACAACUUCUCAGCGCUGGCAGGCACUGUCUCGCUGGCAGGAGCGCCCAGCUUCACUUCCAAAGGGCUGAAGUACUUCCAUCAUUUCACCCUGAGUCUCUGUGGAAACCAGGGGAAAAAAAUGUCGGUGUGCACAGACAACGUCACUGACCUCCGGAUCCCUGAGGGUGAGGCCGGUUUCUCCAAGUCCAUCACAGCCUAUGUCUGCCAGGUGGUCAUCAUCCCCUCCGAGGUGACGGGCUACAAGGCUGGGGUGUCCUCACAGCCAGUCAGCCUCGCGGACCGACUUAUUGGGGUGUCGACAGACAUGACUUUGGAUGGAAUCAUCUCCCCGGCUGAACUUUUCCACCCGGAGACCUCAGGGAUCCCGGAUGUAGUCUUCUUUUUCAGAUCCAAUGAUGUGACUCAGUCCUGCAGUUCUGGAAGAUCAACCACCAUCCGCCUCAGAUGCAACCCAAUGAAAGCUGCUCCUGGCACCCUGCAGCUACCCAGCAUGUGCUCUGAUGGGACCUGCGAUGGCUGUAAUUUCCACUUCCUGUGGGAGAAUGUGGCUGCCUGUCCACUCUGCUCAGCCUCUGACUACCACACUUUUGUCAGCAGCUGUGUGGCUGGGAUCCAGAAGACUACGUACAUGUGGCGAGAACCAAAGAUGUGCUCUGGGGGCAUCUCCCUGCCUGAGCAGAGAGUCACCAUCUGCAAAACGAUAGAUUUUUGGUUGAAAGUAGGCAUCUCCGCUGGCACCUGCACUGCCAUCCUGCUCACCGUCUUGACCUGCUACUUCUGGAAGAAGAAUCAAAAACUAGAAUACAAGUACUCCAAACUGGUGAUGAACGCUACCCUCAAGGACUGUGACCUGCCAGCUGCAGACAGUUGUGCCAUCAUGGAAGGGGAGGAUGUGGAAGAUGACCUCAUCUUUACCAGCAAGAAGUCACUCUUUGGGAAGAUCAAAUCCUUUACUGCCAAGCCGCCAGCUCCUGUCACCAUCUCUCUUUCAGAGGACCCCUGAUGGAUUCGACUCGGUGCCGCUGAAGACGUCUUCAGGAGGCCCAGACAUGGACCUGUGAGAGGCCCGGGUCCUGCCUCGCCCGCCGCCUCUCAUCUGGGCGCAUCACCCUGCAGGCCUGGGGCAGUUCAGACGCCAGCAGCCUGCACUCCCCGCUGCUGGGAAUCUCUUCAUCGUGGCCUUAUCGGAAGUUUGGAUUUCAGACCCUUGUUUUUUACAGCGUACCCAAACCUUUCUCUCUGCUUGCCUCAAACCUACCAAAUAUACCCACACUUUGUGUAUCGUU